UAUGGACUUGGCAACACUGCACAUCGUUUUAAAAUGGCGGUGGGCACGUUGUUUGCGCAUUUUCCGCAGUUCUCGUUAUGGCUACCAACAAUCAAGUUGGUUCGCUAGAGGAGCAAGCUCUGAAGCGGAAGGAACGUCUCCGCGCUUUGCGUGAGAAAAAAACAAGUGCCAACGACGGCCAGGACAAACCGGAGGUGCAGGGAACUUUGCCAAAGCCCGUGUUUCGAUCGUACAGACCCGAAGACGAGGUGCUGAAGGAGUCCGUGAUACCGGACAUCUCUCCCGCUGCCAUCGAGCAAGAGAUCAAGGAGAAAAUCGCAGUCGGUGAUCCUGAACAACACGCCAAGGAGGUCGACCUCGCGUCGCUCGCACCGAGGAAGCCCGACUGGGACCUGAAGCGCGACGUGUCCAAAAAGCUGGAGAAACUGGAGAGGCGCACCCGCAGGGCAAUAGCCGAGCUGAUCCGCGAACGCCUGAGCAGCGGCGACCUCGCCACGGCGGUGAACACGGCCAGCGGGCCGCAGAACAUCGAUUCCGAUUGAGCUCAUGGUGGUCGAGGUGGUGUCUGAAGUGGUGACGAGGCGAUUGCGCCUUUCGUGUUAAGGCAAAGAAGAGUCAGUGACACGGAGAUGUAUGAGGCACUGCCAAUAGAAGCGGACGCGACAGACAAGGAG